CGGUGAGUCCGCGCGUGCAACCCGAUAAAGCUAAGAAGCCUUGGAUAGUGCCAGCCGCUGGCCCUGGUCCUCGUUCGCCGUGACCGCUGGAGCCCGUCACCAUCCUCCCCGCGACGUGCUGCCCCGAACCCGCAGCCAUGUGCCGGACCUUGGCCGCCUUCCCCACCACCUGCCUGGAGAGAGCCAAAGAGUUCAAGACACGGCUGGGGAUCUUUCUUCACAAAUCAGAGCUGGGCUCUGAUACUGGGAGCGUUGGCAAGUUUGAGUGGAGCAGCAAACACAGCAAAGAGGGCAGAAACUUCUCAGAAGAUGUGCUGGGGUGGAAAGAGUCAUUUGACUUGCUACUGAGCAGUAAAAAUGGAGUGGCCGCUUUCCACGCCUUCCUGAAGACGGAGUUCAGCGAGGAGAACCUGGAGUUCUGGCUGGCCUGCGAGGAGUUUAAGAAGCUCCGGUCGGCCACCAAGCUGGCCUCCCGGGCUCACAGGAUCUUUGAGGAGUUCAUCCGCAGCGAAGCUCCUAAGGAGGUGAACAUAGACCACGAGACCAGGGAGCUGACCAGGAUGAACCUGCAGGCUGCCACGGCCACGUGCUUUGACGUGGCUCAGGGGAAGACUCGCACCCUGAUGGAGAAGGACUCCUAUCCACGCUUCCUGAAGUCCCCUGCUUACCGGGACCUGGUGGCCCAAGCCUCGGCCACCUCUGCCUCUCUGGCCAGCAGCAGCCACGCAGAGCCCCUGCACACCUGAGUCUCAUGGUGGGGAGGGAGGGAGCCAGCCCAGGGGGAGAGGUGGAGUCACCCGUCCCUAAGGCAGAUUCCACCAAGCAAGCUAGAGGACAGUGAAGAAAAAAGCCCAUUGGCAGCCUGUUUUGGAAGCGGCCUCUCCUCCAGAUACUGUGGGACUGGGCUCCGUGCACGAGAGGGCCCCCUCCACCCCCACUUCCAGGACCAGCGGAUAAGGGCCGAAGAUGAGGGUCUCGUGGGGCUCUCUGGGGAAAGGAAAGGCGGCGUAGGAGUUAUCCUUGCUCUUGUCGUUCUCCACCGGGCAAGAAUUAUUCCAGGGUGGACUGGGAAACACGGAUAAAGGAAACUUGAAAAGGAGAGCAGGACAGCCAGACCAGCUCUUCCUUCGGGGAGGAGCUGACUCCGGCUACAUCCUGUUUUCCUAGUUGCCGGGUGCCCGGGCCCAGGAGGGAGCUGCGGAUGCGGUGCCUUCCCACUCUGCCCUCCUCACCUGCCUCCAGGCUGCCUGGGGCUCCCUUAGCUUGCCCUUCCCCACAUUUGUGUCCAGCCUCAUGGUCUUUGCAAGGCCAGAGAACAAUUUGACACUUGCCCAAAAUUAGAUUUUUUUUUUUUAAUACCUUGAAAACUGGCCUUUUGAGCCCCUUUCCACA